UAGACUAUAUUAGUAUGUAAUAGAUUUACAGAAUGACGGACGCUAUAUAUAGAAUAUCAUGGUGUUAUCUGUAGUUAGCCUAACAGGAUCGGCGGACUUCUUGGCUGUACCUAACCCUAAAAACAGAAAAUCUGCCUAAAAAUUCAUAUCUCCAUCGUCGUGUGAGAGUUUUCAGGGGACCAGUCAAGGACAUUUAAUAAUUUCUUGACCCAACAUUUGUCGUCAUUCUACUUUAGUGUGAUGAGACGUUUACCAUGACACUAGACGUAACUUUAGAAUGAAUGCCAGAGUUUAUCCAGGAGCCCAUUCCCUCAGCUAUGGGUGUUACAUCCAUUAGUUCCCUUUGAGCACGCCGGUAAACGGAGGUGUUUCAUUGGACAGAUCUGCUAACGUUGAAGGGGGCGUGAAGUUUGCUGCUAGUAGCUAGCGUCCGUGUGAUCAUCUGGGAUCCUGUCCAUUCUUGGCGGCGUCCUGCAGAAACGAAAUACGAGAUUGUGGAAUCUAGAUUAUUACCAACAAACACAGUUUAGUUGACAUGUGUCAGCCGUAGUAGCUAUUAGGGUGAUGGACAGGAACAUUUAGUGAAAUGGUGAACUGGCCUUCCUCUCUGGACAUGGCAUUGCGGCUAUUAGCGUUAAUGCUAACUUAGCUCGUUAGCUUAAGAGGCUAGGUAGCUGGGCUGUUGGCUGUCGCUAAAUCGACUAGCUAGCGAUAAGUAUAGCACUAGCUUACGUUAGCUAGAAAGUAUAUUCGCUUUAUGAGAAUCACUUAACAGCACCGUCGUUAGAUUAACGCCACCUACGUUAGGUUGAGACUAACAUUCAUUUUGUAGUCAAAGUAACCAGUGGGCUAGUCUGGCUGACGCUAAGUAAUUUAAGGCGCUAACAUGCAGUAGUAACUAGUUGAGUAUUGUUUCAGUCGUCAACCACUGCUGCUUUGCACCAGCAGACUAACGGGUCGGUGGCUAUCAGUUACCGGGCAUUGUGCGGUAUGUAGCCAUAGCACGCUAACAAUCAGUAAAGUUGGAAACUGGUAAUAACGUUACAGAGAACGUUAGCAUAUGCCAGUUCUGGCUGACUAGUCCUGAUGUGAAAAACUGUAGUGAUAACAUUGCCAGUGUUAAGUUGGCGCAGGACUGGACGAUAGGGCCUUGCAUGCAGCUCUGGGCUACCUCCAUUGCGAUAGCUAGUUUGCCUCACGUCAGUUCGUUUGCAUGAUUGAUGGUACCUCUUCAAAUCAUGUAAAGUUAGCAGAGUUUGGAGAGCAACAAUGUAACAUCACUGAGCUGGUUAGCCAUUUUAAGUUGGUGAAUUGUUGACAGGCAACCCUAGCUAGCAAAAUGAACAAUCCAGGAGUCUUGCCACAAGAAAAGAUGGAGCUGGAUCUGGAAAUCCCAUCUUCGCUAGUUCAGACCGACGGACACUUGAGAAGAUCCAACAGUGCACCCAUGAUAAAUGGCUUAAGUGAUAACUCACAAGUAUUCCAGAGAGAAGUCCUGCGUAGCCGGAGAAAUAGCACAACAGUUGUUAACAGGCCCAACAUGGUUCCUUCAUCACCUAUUCGUGUCCCCAGCACCAGACUUCAUCAGAUAAAACAAGAGGAGGGUGUAGACGUGAUGAACAGAGAAACUGCUCAUGAACGGGAAGUUCAAGCUGCCAUGCAAAUGAGCCAGUCCUGGGAAGAAAGCCUUAGUCUGAGUGACAAUGAUUUGGAGAAGUCGGCAUCUUCGUCCCCAAAGCGCAUCGACUUUGUGCCUGUGUCACCUGCCCCGUCCCCAACCAGAGGGAUAGGAAAAAAGCAGUGUUUCUCUCCUUCACUACAAAUCCUCGUGAGCAGCAAUGGCCUAACACCCAGCCCAAUCCCAAGCCCAACGCGUCGUUUCAGCCGUCGGAGUCAAAGCCCAAUCAACUGCAUCAGAGCCAGCAUACUUGGGCCAAUAAAACGUAAAGGUGAGAUGGAGGUAGAGAGUCAGCCUAAAAGGCUCUUCCAGGGUACCACGACCAUGUUGUCCUCAGACGUGUCGAAUCUUUCAGAUCUCAGUUCCUGUCACUCUCCAGAUUUACUAGAUGGCAGCCUCAGCAGCAUCGGCUCUUCCACCGACUCCCCAGGUAAAAUGGAGGGAGUGUCACCCUCCUCGUCCAGCAACUCACCCUUCACUUCCCUCCAGGAUUUGUCUCCAAAAUGAGCACAGGGUGGUGAGAGACUGAAACGACUGGUGCAUAAAAGUCCCUCUCACCAGGGAACUAGUUUCCUUCUUAGACCCUCCACUUCGCCAUUGCCUAGAUUUAGUUUUAAGCGGAAUUUUCCAUGUUUGCUUCUGAACAGCUGUGUUCAUGGCUAUGCUUCGGAGGAUCUCUGUUUGAAGUAAGGAAACGAAAGCCGUGGAUGAGUUUAAGAGGUAAGCCUACUGACACUGGGAAUGAUUGAAGGCACUGUGAGCACCAGCUGCUAGUAGAGGAUCUUGGGUGGUGCUUGGCUUCAUAGUGAUGUUGUGUUCAUAAGUGGCUAUCCUGCAGAUCAGUCCCACCAGUUCCCCUAAGACAUUGAGCACUGGACAAAAAAAAAAAGACUUUGAAUGUGUACAUUUUUCUGUUACUGUGCUGGAAUACUUCUGUCCACAGCCUUUGGUGUGUACACAGUCUGCAGAUUUUAUAAGAAAAGAUUUAAGUUAUUGUUUUUCUGCUUUGUUUGUAAUUAUGUACAUAUAAUCUUGUCAGAUGUCAUACAUAUUUUUAGGUUUGGCCAUGAGGUCAGUGUUGGUGCAGGUUUUCAACUGCAGUAGUUUUUUUUUUUUUGUUAAAGGAACAUGGACUGCUUCUGGGGUACAACUAUGGAGAUUUCUUUACUGUUUAUCAUGCAAGAAGAUAUGUCUUCUGCAGAUAUUCUGAAUAUUUUUUGAAUAUAGGCUGUGAAAUGUGUUCUGUUGUUUCCCAGCUCAGUUUGUGUGCUCUCCUGUGGUCUUUGAACACUAAAGGUUCCUCUGUAUCCUGUGUUCUUAUCAGGAUGUUUUUUUUGUAAAUAAGCAAAGUAUAGAAAUGAUUUGAUUUUCUUCUGGCAAAAUAUUUUUAUUUAUGCAAAGCUGUUUAUUAUAAAAAUUGGUUGGUGAUAGUUUUCUAUCCCCAGUAAAAGUGAAUCAUAUGUGUUGUCAUUUAUACCAAAUCAACUGACUGCUGGGAUGUGCAGCAAAAACAAAAUGGCACCAUAAAGAGGCUGCUGUUCCUGUGGUGGGUACAUGUAUUAAAAGAGCUUUUUGCACAGGAUACCCAGUCCUGUAAUGUUUUAUCUUAUCUCCCAAGUCUUAAGCAGGAAAAGACAAAAAACAAAACUUGACUUUCAAACUAUCCCAAGAAACACAGUAUGCAAAGCCUGCACUGUGAUUUUUGUACCUGAAAAUUUCACCUGCCAUAUCCCCAGUGUAACUCAAGUUUUGAAUUCCUCUGUGACUCAGUAGCCUUUAAUGUGUAUGUAUAGUAGGAAGUAAUUGUAAAUCAUUUCAUGGUAAUCUGUCCUUUAAUUUAAAGAUGUGUGGUUGCAGUUUAUUUGCUGAAUGUUGUUUUUCAUUUAUACAAUUAAGGAAUUCAGUCAGCUUGCCCUGCUGUCAAUAAGAUCACCCCCUACCCCCCAAAUGACUCCUUAUCCCAGUCAUCUUAACUAUACAGGGAAAGAAUUUAAGUAAUUUUAUGCUGUAUGUCUGUAAUGGAAAGGCUGUACUCUGCCAAGCUGACUAAUGCCUUGCCUAUGCUUGUCAUUUGUGAUUGCCCUCAUAGUGGACACCAGGACUAAAUAAAUUAUUUCUUUAUUAUA